AUGGCGCCGGACGCUGCAUUUUCCAACACGGGCGACAAGAACGAAUUUACGAAAUUCGCCAAGUUCCUCGCCUACAAAGGCAUUCAAGUUAUCGUAGAAUCCAGGAAGGGAGUCAAAAUAGAGCCGAACACGAAACAAAAAACCAAUGCGUCGGAUACAGACUGGUUUAACCUUCAAAUACCUGACUCGCCGGAGGUUAACCAGGCCACCAAAGGCGCUCUACCGUCUGAUAGGAUCAUGGAAACUCUCAGGAACCAACUCCACGUCGAAAUAUCUGUCCAGACCGAGGAUGGUGAUGAGAUGGUUCUAGAACUCUGGACAUUACACUUAGAUGAGGCGUUGUUCGAUACGUCAUUGAAGGCCAUGAACACGGUGUACUUCCGAAUGGGUAUACUCUUGAAAUCUCUGAUCACGAUCACCAGAAUAACGCCCGCAUAUCAUUUGUCUAGGAAGCAGAGGACGGAAAACUUUACGAUAUUCUACAGAGUCUAUAAUGGGGAACCUAAAUUAAAUUCCUUGGGUGAAGAAAAAUCUGUGAAGAAAAUUCAAGCUGGCCUGCUAAAAACACCCAUGGGUGGAUUCUGUUUUACCGUAUCCUACAGAACAAAUUUUUCUAUCUCUCCAAACAAAUCGGAGAAACAAAAAUCUCUGCUGUUGUACAAGAGCGAUCAUUUCGAACUCAGUCCAAAGCACGUCAUUUUCGACUCGAAGAAGAACAAAGAGAAAGAUUGCAAGGCACCAGUAACUCUCGACCUGAACAAACCACUGCGGCUUGCGGCUUUCGUCGAUGAAAUUGCUCUACAGAAAGCCAUCAAUGAAUUCUUUCAAAUAUUCCCGAUGCCCGCGCUGAAGAUACGUCCGAAGACUAACGUCUCAGAAAAUAAGACAGUCGAUUUUAAAAGUACCCAAGAUCUCGACAAUGAAAUAAUAUCGAAGAGCCCAACGCAACUGGAGAUGCCUCCGAAAAAGUUCUCGGGAUUUCGUAGCGAGAAUGAACCUCCACUGAAAUUGCUUCAUUUUCCUUUCGCCGACCAUCAUCCGAUACGGGAAUUGGCGGAGUUCUAUAAGGACUUCUUCAACGCUCCCCACCUGAAAUUGAGUAAUGACUUCAACAAGAGCAGUUCCGACCAAACCGAAAUGACUGACGCCGAUUUAUCGAAGGAUUUGGAACUCCAUGAAAGUUCGCUACUGGAAUUUGACGAGUUGCUCGCUGAUAUGUGCCGGUCGGCCGAGUGGAGUGGGAAUUAGGGGAACAAGUGGUGAUGGAAGACUGAUGUAGACUAUUAGUAACAAAAUAUAUUGGUAUACUAUUA